GGAUGACCAGUUCGUCCUCCAACUCCUCUCUCCUCUCCGUUAGGCGCCGUUUCGGUUGUGUCUCUUCACUAGCAGGACCUGCGUAAAUACAGAAAUCGGGAAAAGCAGCACCGCCCUUCUGGGCCCAGUCGAGAUGAAGAUUCAAACAAACAAGAAAAGGGGUUUCUUUUUCCUUUUGCUCAAGGAUUAUUUGCUGCUCCGUGUCUUCCCUCUGUGCCACCUAACGGGUGUAUUCGAGUUCUGAAAUAGUCUCUUUGCUUUAGCCACCUGAUGAAGAAUUGACUUCUUGAUUCAUAAGGUUAUUGCUAUAAUUCACUGAACAUGGAGAAGAUAUCAUCUGACUGUCCGUACCCAGGAUGCUUUUUUUGUGUCAUGAAGGAAGGGAAUCCCAGCAAGCGGAGGGCAAGCAUACUAAAAUUCUUUAGAGAACUUCCAUCACAAGAUGACGAUGGUCAGGUUCUUCCCAUCAGUGGUCUUUGGAACACAGCAAUGGCACAUCCAAAUGACCCUGAAUUCAUAGAGUUGGGAAUAUUUGAAUGCAUGGCAACUUUGAUAUGGAAAGGACUGAAGAAUCGGCGCUGGCUGUCUUAUGACCAGAAUAUAUACAUUCCGUAUUAUGCUGCUCACAUUAUUGGUUCCUACACGAUGAAUAUGGAAGAAUUUGCAGAAAGUGCUGUACAUGCUGGGGUGAUUGCCCCAUUAGUCGAACUUUUGAGUGGUAGGUUAACUUGGGUUGAGCAGAGGGUAGCUGUUCGAGCUUUGGGGCACUUGGCUACAUAUGCUACGACUUUUCCUGCUGUAUCAAGUCAUGGUGAAAUUCUUGAGCUCUCCAUCCAAUUAGCAAUGAGUUCUCUUGAAAUAGUGUAUUCGCAUUUCUAUCAAUUUGUUGAUAGAAGGCUGAGUUACCACUGUGAUCUGCUCACCCGUGGCAUGGGCGGAGUUGAAAUGGAAUCCAGGAAGGCUGAGGAAUGGGCAAGUCAGUUGCAAUGUUGGUCUCUUCAGCUCAUUAAUUGCUUUGCUUUUAAACCUGAAUUUCUUCCCACCAUAUGCAAACCGGAAUUUCUCAUAAAACUACCUGGCAUGUGGGGCGGACUUGUUAAUGAAAAUUCACCAGCUGGUAUUGGUUUAUUAAGAACAAUUUGUCAUCACAAGCUUGGUAGGGGACCUGUUGCCAACUGCCCAGGUAUCAUUGAAGCAUUGUGUAAUAUUGCUUGCUCAUCAGAUGAUUGGCAGUAUAUGGCUAUUGAUUGUCUUCUAUGGCUGCUUCAAGAUCCCAAUACAUGCCACAAGGUGAUUGAUAAAGUCGUGCCAGCAUUGGUAGACCUUGCAGAAAUUACAACUCUGGGUGAUCACAAGAAGCUUGGUGAUUCCAUUGUUAAUGUUCUUCAGGAUUGCUUGGAAUCACAAGGAUCAGGAAGAGGCUCAGUUAGUAGCCGCACUAAAGAACAAAUUGAGGAGCUACUAAAUUCAAAACAGAGAUUAAAAUGGGAAAAAAAUAUGCCCAAGGAAGAUCUACAUAUUAAGCAGGCCGCAGCACUAGUGGUCAAGCUAGAAGGGAAUUCUUUUUUCUCGUCAGGAAAUAUAUCUGGAGCUGCAUCGAAGUACUCAGAAGCAUUGUCAUUGUGUCCAAUGAGAUCCAAAAAGGAGAGGGUUGUUCUAUAUAGUAAUCGAGCUCAGUGUCAUCUUUUGCUUCAGCAACCCUUGGCUGCCAUAAGUGAUGCUACUCGUGCACUCUGUCUCCAUAAUCCUGUCAAUCGUCAUGCCAAAAGCCUAUGGAGACGAGCACAGGCUUAUGACAUGCUUGGGUUAUCGAAAGAGAGUUUAUUAGAUGCCAUUCUAUUCAUAAAUGAAUGCUCACAGUCAAAUGAUCCUGAUCUCUCACUGAGGCAAAAUAAAGUUCCUGAUUAUGCUGAACGCUUGGUUAAGAAGCAGAUGCGUGCUGCUUGGUUAUUUAGAGAGGCAGCUAUCAAACAUGGAGGUGUUCAUAGUCAGGGUAAUCGUGGUGACCUCUAUGGCCCAGAGACUGAUGAUUCUGAAUGGGAGACAGCAAGUGAAAGUGAUGUGGAAAAUGAUAGAAGGGAUGAUGAUAUUGAUGAGGACGAUGAUGGUGAUGAAAGGAAGGAUAAAUAUGAUAAACCUUCAGUAUGAGGCAAAAUUCUCUUGCAUCUGCAAAUAACCGUGCCAUUUCGCGGAUGUUACAUGAUCAUUGUCUUUUUUGAGUGGAAAGAGAUGUCAUUAAGGUCAGAAAAUUACAAAAGAAGAACCAAGAAAAGCCAGAGGUUACAUGAUCAUUACUCCAAACAAAUUGCAAGGUCAGGGGAGAGCGGGUCUUACUGGGCGAACAAACAAAUUGCAAACCAAGUCCGCUCUUUCCAUAGAUUGAUUCUUCCUACUGCCCCAAACAAUUUAUUCAAUGGACAAUUCUUCCUCGCAAGGUGCACAAACUGAUACCCACAAUUUUUUCACUUUUGGUCAAGUUCAACAUCGACCCCCCAAAUUUUAGAGCCUUGUUAAAUCCCAUAUUCGUUUAGUUUCCGAUUGAUUCGGCAUGCCGUAUCUUUUUUUUUUUUUUGGUCAUAGGAUGUAAAUGAAUAGCUAUCGUUGCAACAAAACGAGUGAUGGCAUCUUACGUUUGAAAUCUGUUGAUUUAUGGAGCGAAGUUCUUUGCACUUGAGCGAGAGACACUAGAUGGUUUUGAGAUCCCUUCCCUUUGACGAUAUGAUUCCUAUCACUGGUUUCGUCAUGCGUCCGGCUGCACAAAAAACUCUGUUCCAAUCAGUUUCUUGUCAUGUUGAAAAGCAGAAUUACAUAUUGGUCCCACUUAAGAAAAUUAAUUAAUAGUAAUUGACCAAUAUAGUCCAUUAGUCCUUACUACCUACAAAUAUUUAGGCUUGAUAUGUAAAUUAAAAUUUGACUUAUAAAUGACAUCGAAGAAAUAAUUCUGUCUUUAUUUA